AUGCCGCUUCCUCAGCCGCGGCGACUUCCGAGGAUAAGUAUCGCCCCGGCCCAGGCCCCCUCGACGUCCCGGUCCUCUGGUGGGUCCAAUGUAGCGACCGUCGCCCCGGCCCCCUCGACGUCGCGGUCCUCUGCUGGGCCCAAUGUCGACUCGACCCAACCCUCUACCUCAACGGGUCGAACCGGCGCUUGUAGAAGGCCUCCUACAGCUGCAUCAGGAGUAGAUGUGGCACGGCAGAGGUUACGGGAACUGGUGCUGGACCAUUUCCUUCAAGUAUUUGUUUCGCCGGCGCACGCUCCCGUGGCGUGCACUGUGGGGGCGUUGGUUGCGAUGUCCACCCUGAGGGCCGAGCUCAGGGAUAUGCUCUGGCUCGUCGACCAUCUUCUCGACGAGAUGCCCCGUGACCAGAGCCUCGUGAUAGCGUACGCGCUUUGGAGGGAAGUGCGCUCGUCGUUGGAGGGUCUGCUCAUCGGCAUCGGCGAGAGCAUGGAGUCGGCGGCCUCGAGGGAUCCCUACGACAUCGACCCUGAGGAACCGGAACCGUCGCCCCCGGCUAGGCACGUUCGCUGCUGUGUCUGUAUGGACAGAUUGCCGACGGUAGGGUUGAGGCCUUGUGGACACACUCUGUGCCCACAAUGUGCCCAUAGGCUCUUACGUUGUCCAAUCUGUCGGGUGAUCAUCCACGGGAGGAUGCCAUUGUUUUUUUCUUAAAAUUUUUAAA